UUUUGUAAUAUUUCAUGAGCCUUCUCUUUAUUCUAAAUAUAUCGUUUUGAAUGUCUAGCAUUGGUGUAAAUAAUUAGGGAUCCAGAUUUAUAAUCAGUUCUAUUAAGGUAGUGAUCGAGACAGGUGAAACCUUUUAGCUUUAAUUAGCAAACAAGUGCUCUAAAAGAAUAAAAUUUGUGUAUAGCUCUACUUCUAAAAAUAUAGUACCUGAUAAGAAAAACAUUGGAUUAAUUAUAUCAAAUUAAAAAAACCCAGGCUCGAAUUGAUCCAAAGUACAUGAGCGCUUUUGUGCAAUUCUUUUUAUACUUAAAUCGCCAUGGCUUCUUUACUUCCUGGAAAUAUCGUCUAUGCCGGACCAAUUACUUGCACUCAAAGUCAUGCUUACAAGUCUCUGGGACAUUUUAUUCUCGAGAAAUGUAAAAGUUUUGGUACACAGACAGUGAUGAUUGAUGCAGUUACAGGGCAAGAGUAUACGGCAAAAUAUAUGUAUGACUCCGUAGCACGCAUGGCUCAUGUAUUACAACAUUUAGGGGUCAAAGCAGGAGAUGUUGUGGGAUUGGCUAGCGAGAAUAAUGUUCGUUUUGCUAUUACCUUGUUCGCCUCAUUCGCUGUCAACGCUACAGUUGCUCCACUAAAUGUGACUUAUUCUGAACGCGAAGUGCAUCAUGCAAUUAAUUUAUCGAAGCCCAAAGUGAUAUUUGCUUCAAAUCUUACUGUAGAUCUUAUUGCAAAAGUGGCUAAAACUAACAAUUUCGUGAAGUCAAUUGUUUUAUAUGGCACUAAUAGUUCAAAUGAUAACUUUUUCAAUUAUGAUGAGCUUAUGAACAGUACAAAAAUUAAAUCAAAAGACUACUUUGAUACGCCUGUAGCGAACAAAAAGGAAGAUGUCGCACUGAUUGUUUGCUCUUCUGGCACCACCGGCAUGCCGAAAGGCGUCCAGCUAACACAGUUGAACAUCCUUUCUUUACUGGAUUCACAGUUUGAACCAACAACCACUUCAAUUGGCGGGAUUACUUUACUAACAGUUAUACCUUGGUUUCAUGCAUUUGGCUGCCUUACAUUAAUUAUAACAUCAAUAUUGGGAACCACUUUGGUGUAUUUGCCUAAAUUUGAAGAAAAACUCUUUUUGGGAGCAAUUGAGAAAUAUCGCGUUUUGAUGGCAUAUAUGGUGCCGCCAUUAAUGGUAUUUUUGGCCAAACAUCCACUUGUGGAUAAAUAUGAUCUGUCAUCGUUGAUGUUUUUGUUUUGCGGUGCAGCACCACUUAGCAAGGAGACUCAGGAAUUGAUAACAAAGAGGAUUGGGGUGCCUAUCAUUCGUCAAGGUUAUGGUUUGAGUGAAUCGACGCUUACUGUUUUAGUACAACAUGAUGCGGCCUGCAAGCCGGGAAGUGUGGGCACCGUUAAAAUGGGUAUUUACGCAAAAGUAAUUGACACAGAAACUGGUAAACCACUUGGUCCCAAUCAACGUGGUGAGCUGUGUUUCAAGGGCGAUUGCAUUAUGAAAGGUUACAUAGGAGACACCAAAUCUACACAGGAUGUUAUACAAGAUGGUUGGCUACAUACCGGUGAUAUCGGUUACUUCGACGACGAUUUUGAGUUUUUCAUUGUGGAUCGAAUUAAGGAACUCAUUAAAUAUAAAGGUUUCCAAGUGCCGCCAGCUGAGAUUGAGGCUUUAUUGUUGACACAUCCAAAGAUUAAAGAUGCGGCAGUUAUUGGAAAACCGGACGAAGCGUCUGGCGAGUUGCCGUUGGCAUUUGUUGUUAAACAACCAAAUAUUGUGCUAAGUGAAGAGGAGGUUAUUAAAUUUGUAGCAGAGAACGUAUCGCCAGCGAAACGAUUGCGUGGUGGAGUAAUUUUCGUCAAGGAUAUUCCUAAAAACCCUAGUGGUAAAAUUUUACGUCGCGUCUUAAGAGAAAUUCUGAAAAAUCCUCGAUCGAAAUUAUAAUUGUUCUGUUUUAUCUAUAAGUUCGUAUAGAUGUGUUACGCAGAAAUUAAAUUACUUGCAUUUAAUAACUAAACUAAUAUUUGAGGUAUGUGGAAACCACCGAUUUGGCAAGGUGAGAAAAAGGGAUCAAAUAUUUAUAAUUUUCUAUAUGUAUACUUUGUUUAUGGGCUAGAGCUUAAUUAUUAAUGUUUAAUAUUAAUUUUAAUUAUAAAUGGAAUAAAAAAUAUGUAAAAUAUUGGAAAGCUGUUCAAAAUUCUGUUUUAAUAUUAUUUACAUAAAUAUUAUGUAGUUGUUUGAGGUUUUUUCCAUUCGAAAAGUAUCACUUUGUUUCUGACGUGCGCAAAGGAUUAAGUCCAGGACUUGUACUAUGGAGUUCCGGUCACAUUUGCUAUUAAUUUUGUUUAAAGUAGUUAACUUAGUUUUAAAUUUAAUUAAGUGUUUUUACCUUAUUUACUAUAUAUGUAUGUAUGAUACAAAUCAUGUAUUCCCCGAUAAUAGAACUCCAUAAAGCCUAUUGGAUAGUGAAUUGGAAAAUCAUAUAAUAUAUUAUAUUUAUCUUGUUUCUCUAAUGAAUGUAUACUUGUGUUGGUUUCUCUGUUGGAUUAGGUAUGACAAAGACAUUUUGGUUAAAAGUAUCGACUCCAAUUACUACUAUCGGCUCAUCUCUAUUUACCCUUGUUAUCAGACUUCAGAAAUACACCUUUAAGUAUUACUUCAUGUGCAUAGUUCAUGUGCCUGUUUGUUGUACAUAAUUAGCAUUGUAGAUGACUAGCAAAAAAGUAAAUAUAGACAGAUUGAAACUUUUUAAUCAGUUCUACAAUAGGUAGUGGUCGUGUCAGAUGCAAAUUGUUUGGUAAUAAACAAUACUCUACGAUUUUGGAUAUAUACUAGUGGUCGGUCGGAAAAUACAGUACCUGAUAAGAAAAAUAUAUAAUUAAUUCUAGCACACUUUAAUCAAUAAAC